AUGCCUCUUGGUUAGUCCUUUCGAUUGAACUUGAUUCCUAGCCCAAGAGUUGAUCAAGGGGAUGGUCUUCAGGCAUUAUCCGAUAUCUCAUGUGUGGGUAAUCCCAUCAUGGGGGCUCAAGAUGUGAUCGUUGAGGAUGAUUGUCUUCAUGCUGAUGUCUGGAAAGAUGUCUUGGAGGCAGCCAACUUCCUUAUAUACAAGUAUGGAAGGACCAAUAUAAAAAUCAUCUAUAUCUCACUAAUCACAAUGGCCAAAGCUGGAGUUACCAAGAAAGUCACCAAGAGAGUUGCUAAAAGAUCAACUGGAUCAAAGAAAAUCGGAAAGAGAGUCGCCAAGAAAGCCGGCGUCAAGAGAGUUGCCAAGAAGGCCGCCCCCGCUACCGCCCCAGCUGCUGCUGGUUCAGCCCAAGCUACCCCACAAAAAGCUGCCGCCAAGAGAUCAACCAAGAAGGCUGCCAAGAGACCAGCAAAGAAAGCUGCUGCUCCAAAGAGAAGAUGA